GCCUUAACAUUCCUCUCAUUCCUGGCGCAGCGAACAAUCAGUCAUUAUAUCCGCGCGGCUCGCAGCUCGCUCGCGCUCAGUUCGCUGCUGCUGCCCAGUCAGCGCGCACAUGUCCGCGUGCCGUGGAGAACUAUAGCCGGGAUUUAGAAGCUCGCCGCAGAAUAUUUCAAGGCCAUACUCUUAUCAGACUUUGCGCUGGAAUGAGACGCGAUGCGUGAUUGUUGAGGUGCCAACGCUUCUACAUCGACCCUGGUUUUUCUUUAAGCUUUGGACUGAUCUCCUGUUGACUGAAAUGAGGACAGGGGAGGACUCCUCCGGAACAGUCUUGCAUCGCCUCAUCCAGGAGCAGCUCCGCUAUGGGAACCUAACAGACACUCGCACUCUCCUGGCCAUCCAGCAGCAGGCCCUGCGCGGAGGAAGCAGCGGCGGGGGCACGGGCAGUCCCCGCUCCUCGCUGGAAAGCCUCACGCAGGAGGAAACCCAGUACAUGCAGAUGUCGACGCGGCAGGAGCCUCAGGGGCAGGAGCACCAGGGGGACUGCCUGCCCUCUGAGAGCCCCAUGUCUCAUCUCUAUCAGCUCCACAGGGAGGAGCUGCCAACCUACGAGGAGGCUAAAGCACACUCGCAGUACCUCGUCUCCCAGAGGGAGAAACUGGAAGAGGACGGCCCUGGCAUGGACGCGGCGGGGAUUCAGAGCGAGGGACAGUGGGAUCUGAAGCGGGAGCACGCUCGCUCCCUCAGCGAGAGGCUCCUGCAGCUCUCUCUGGAGAGGAACGCACACAGAGACCCCGUGGCUCUGACCUCCUCGCACAGCUACCCGCAGCUUUACGACAACGUUGCGUUAAACGCCGCGACGCCGCACCGACCGGAGAGCCAGCCGAGCGCAGAGCAGCGGGGACCUCCUCCGGGCUACCCUCUGUGCGCCAGGGUUCCCGAAUACAUGCUCAGCUACUCGCAGGAGCACGUGCAGUACCACAAGGACCCUCCUCCCCCGUUCUACUCGCAGCACCACAGGUAUGUGUCUGCUCAGGCCCAGGUGGCUCAGAACAGCGUCAGUGAAUCCUCCACCAGCAAUGACGCGCUGAUGAGGGAGAAUGAGCAGCUCAGGAAGGAGCUGCAGGUGUACAUCCAGAAGGCAGCCAGACUGCAAAAGCUGGAGCUGGAGAUUCAGCGGAUAUCCGAGGCAUACGAGACCCUGAUGAGAGGCUCUGCUAAGAGGGAAACCUUGGAGAAAACCCUGAGGAAUAAACUGGAGGCCGAGAUUAAGAGGAUGCACGAUUUUAACAGAGACCUCAGAGAGCAACUUGAAGCAGCUAACAAACAGAGAGCCGCCGGUGGCGCUGAGUCCACAGACCCGAGGCAGCACGUCUUCGUUAAACUCCUGGAGCAAAAUGAGGAGCAGCAGCGGGAGCGCGAACGGCUGGAGAGGCAGAUCCAGCAGCUGCGCUUGUCUGGCGAAGAGUGCCAGCGCAGAAGCGAGCGGCUGGAGCAGGCCCUGUCCUCGGCGCAGGGCCGCAACCGGCAGCUGGAGGAAGAGCUGCACCGGAAGACGGCCUACAUGAAGAAGGUGGAGCGGCUGCAGAGCGCCCUCGCUCAGCUGCAGGCGGCGUGCGAGAAGAGGGAGGUCCUGGAGCUGCGGCUCCGCACCCGGCUGGAGCAGGAGCUGAAGAGCCUCAGGGCACAGCAGAACCAGACGACCAACCUCACAGCGUCAGAGCUGAGCUCGUCCACGUUGCAGCAGGAGCUGAGGGAAAAAGAGGAGCGCAUCCUGGCGCUGGAGGCCGACAUCACCAAAUGGGAGCAGAAGUAUCUGGAGGAGAGCACCAUGAGGCAGUUUGCCAUGGAUGCAGCGGCUACGGCGGCGGCACAGAGGGAUACGACAAUCAUCAAUCACUCACCCAAGAAUUCGCCUAACAGCAGCUUCAACGAAGACCUGUCUCUGUCAAGUCACAGACACCAGGAGAUGGAGAACAGGAUCCGUGAGCUUCACGCCCGGCUGCUGGAGAAGGAUGCCGUGAUCAAAGUGCUCCAGCAGCGCUCCAGAUGGGAGCAAGGCAGGCUGGAGAGCCAGGGGCUUCGUCCGGCCAGAUCCGUCCCCACGAUCAACACCGUGACAUGUAGCACAUUGAGUAAAGGAAAGAGCCUCUCAGAUGACCAGACAGGUGCUGCCGCGUUGAAAAAAACCCCGUCCUUUGUCCCGGCCAAGGCGCCGACCCAAGACUCCAGCACCCAGAGUGAUGAGGCCACGCAGGAGCUGGAGGUCAUAGCAGAGCAGGACAAGUCACAGGCCACUGAAGGGAAUCCAGCAGUUUCUAUGGGCACUUCGGAGGAGCCGAGGGCGCUGCUCAAGAUGUUCAAGAGUUCCAAUGCAGAGGCGAUAGAAAUCCUCAUAUGAGCCGUGACUGCUGCUAAUGAGGCCGAAUGGUGACAGAAACGUUUUCCCGAGGAGAGGAGAUAAGGUCUUCAGUCGAUGUGAGCGGCUUGCAGAGUGCAGAGCGUAGGACUGGGAUUUUGAGGAGAGCGGCGCUUUCCUUUGGCCGUUUCUGCACAUUUCACAAGUGAAUGGGGGUAAACUACACGGUACCUGGACAGUAUUUUGCGAUGCAAAAGGAACUGGGCUGCUGAUACUGCAUGUUGUUUGUCAUUAGUUGUGAAUUUGGAUUUUUAUUUGUAAAUGCUGCUCCUUUUGUCAUGUGACUGUUGACGUGCUCCACCUUUUCAAUUUGAGAAGAAAAAUUAUUAUUAUUUUCAUUAUUAUUAUUUUCAUUAUUAUUGUUAUUAUUAUUAUUAUUCAUAUUUUCUUACUUUUCCAUGUUCAGCUUGGCUUUCUUGAAUCUUGAAAUUACUGUGGCAUCCCAAUAGCCACACUCUCUCUUCCAGUAAUAUCUAUUUAUACAGAUGCUCAGAAAAAGAAUGGCCUCCAUUUGGGAGCUGUGUUUGAGAAACAGCUCCACCCUAAAUGAACAGUCUCCCCUCUCUCUUAAACUCGUCCGGGACCCCUGCUUGCAGCUCGCUGGAGGAUUUAGAAACUUCCGCUGAAUGCACAGCUUGCAAGACGCACGCUCCUCCACUCUUAAAAAAGCUGCCGAGGAUUGACGACAUUUCACUGGGGCCCAAUUUUCCAGAUCCCCAGUUCAUGUUUGGGGCCUCAGAUGGCGGAUGCCCAGCAUUUCGCUCCCCUCCGAUGACACACUGGAGCUAAUCUUCUCACAUUCCUCGCUGAGGGAAUGCUCCAGUUAAAGAAAAAGGCUAUCUAAAGUCUGACCCCUCGGCCUUGUUAAAAUGGCACGCAUUCUUUCGUAUGCUCGUACGCCGGCUUUUCUUGGGCAGUUUAUUUCCUCCCUAGUGCUGGUAGCUGGUUCUACCAUGUGUGAAGAGGGUUUUUUUUUAACUAUAAUUGUCCUGCAUCUGCUAUUCUAUUUGUUGUCUCCAUCACUGUGUUAUAUUCAGCAGAGUUUUUUACCAUAGUUCACAUAUCAGAGUUGCCUAAAUGCUUAACAAGGAAUGUUCUAUUUAUUUCUCUUGCUUAGUGUAGGAUUACUGAACACUGUUGAAUGCAGACUACUAUUUUCCAGAAUGUUGUGCUGUAUAUAACUGGAACAUGCCAUCAUUUUCUCUACCGUUUAGUGCUAAAAGCCACUAAAAUCACACGAAGCUCACAUGCUAUCAUCUAUUUAUCAUCCAAUUUUCACUCUUGACGUUUAUUUUAUCAAACAGCAUUCAUUAAAGUUAUAUUCUGAAGAGCACAAAUAGCAAACAAAACCUCACAUUUAAUAUGUUUUUCUCCAUUAGUUUCAUAUUUCCCAUCAUGGUCCAUUUGCCGGUCAAUGCCAUGUUUCAGUUUGGGUUACAUACUGUCCUAUUAUUUUUUUGGAAUGUUGUUUACAUGAAUGGAAAUUUGAAGUGAGAAAAGUUAAUAUAUUUUGUUUGUUUCUUGUCAUCGUAUAUAUAUAUAUACAUAUAUAUAUACAUGUGAUUAUUUUGUGUCGUGGUGCCAAAGAUGUAUUGCGUGUUUAAGUUAUAACUGAUGGAAAAGAAAAACAAAGGGCCUAGUAAAGCGCCUUGCUUCAGCUGGUUGAACCGAUUUGAUGUUGCUGUGAACUUUUGUAAAGGAAACAUUUGGAUGUAUGCCUUAACAUUUCACAAUAAUAAAUAAAUAUUUCUAAUAUAUGUCUGAUAAAAA